AGGAGUCAGACGACGCAGAAUGAACAGCUCCACCACCCAUGGAGACAAUGAAAUGGAUCCAGAAGAGCUGUCCUGGCAAAAGGCUCUGACAUGUGUGAUCCUGGGUCUGUGUUUCCUGGUUGGCGCUCCGGGGAAUCUGCUGGUGAUGUGGACCAUCCUGCGCCACGUGCGGCCGCGCUCCCACACCGUGCUGCUCAUCCUCAAUCUGGCCGCGGCCGACCUGCUGGUCCUCAUCACCAUGCCCAUCUGGAUCUACUCCUUUGCGGCCAGCUGGGUGUUUGGAGAGGCCGUGUGCAAAGCCAUAGUGUACAUGAUCUACUCCUCCAUGUACAGCAGCGUGUUCCUCAUCUCCAGCCUGAGUGUGGAGCGUUUCGUGGCCGUCCUGUACCCUUUCGCCCUGCAGAACUGGAGACGGAAAGGUGUGAUGACCAAGGUCCUGGUUGCCAUUUGGAUCCUGGCCUUCCUGUUCGGAAUCCCAAGCCUUCUAACGCACACUAUCGGAGAAGAAAACAAGACUCAGCAAUGCACUUUCCAGGAAUUCUCUUCGGCCAGCCAGGAGAUUGUUUGCCUUGUACUGGAGACCUUAGUGGGCUUUGUCAUUCCUUUCUCUGUUCUCUCCAUAUGCUACAGCUGUGUAUGGAAAAGGAUUAAGCAAAUGACUUUCAAGUCCAAGCAGAAAUCCACAGCACUCAUCCUGAGUGUAGUUGUUGCUUUUGUUGUGUGCUGGCUUCCUCACCAUGUGGGCAAUGUGCUGUCUCUGGUGCAUCUCUCACUGACGGAAUCCCAUCCUCAAGCUGCAGAUCGGGUGGAAGAUAUCAGGCUGUCCAUGCAAUUCCUCUCCGCAGCUCUGGUCUUCCUCAGCAGCUCCGUUAACCCUAUGCUGUACGCCUUUGCAGCACGGAAUCUCCGAAGCAGCUUCCAGGCGUCCAGAAUUAAACAGCUGUUCCAGCACAUCUCCAGCUCUACAGUCAAUGAAGGGACGAAUGAGCUCUCAUUUGUGUCCAGAAAGCAAAUCUCUCAGACUGAGCACACCAGCUGCAGCACAGCCUCGGAACAGCAGCUGGCUCUUUAGUCACAGUGUCUGCUUUCUAUGGUACGUUAAAGCUUUUCUUUUUAUAGUGUCAUUGUACCACGCAGCUUUUGGACAGCAUGGAUUAUUUCCAAGAGCUAUAAUGAAGUAGGUAUUCACAACGUUUCACUCAGUGACCUAUAAAAUUAUCAUAAAUAUAAUUGUAACUUGGCCAGGUAUACAAUUAAGACUUAUUCUCUGUGUUAAGUAUGAGGAUAUAAAGAGUCCUGCAGACAUAAAAACAUUGAACUUAAUCGGAAUAGACAGUAAACUGAAAUCCUUCUAAGAUAUUAGGAAGUCUGAGGUUCAAAGUUUUCAUCAGAAAGCUGUUGCUUAACUCUAGAGGUUUAUUUUAGAGCACGUUCAUACUCUAAGAUAAGGUUUCACAUUGUGCUGAGAUGCUGACAAAGAGCUUCAUGUUGUGUAUGAUCUUACAGCAUUAGCACUGAAAUCUUCAACAUGUUUUACAACUGCUGCCAAAAUUAGAGCUGUGGCUGUCCUAUUUCCCAAAACAAUUUAUUACCCUGCAGCUAUUGUUAUGUAAGUUAAUAUUUCUCAUUUGUUUACUUUGAUGCAAUAAAU